AUGCCAUCAAGAGCUGAUAUCUUGAAGUGCAUUGGGACUGCUCUUACUGGUGCUACCUUUGCAAGUAUGUCAUCAAGAGCUGAUACCUUGAAGGGCAUGGGUACUGCUCCUACUGGUGCUACCUUUGCAAGUAUGUCAUCAAGAGUUGAUACCCAGAAGGGCAUUGGUACUGCUCCUACUGGUGCUACCUUUGCAAGUAUGUCAUCAAGAGUUGAUACCCAGAAGGGCGUUGGUACUGCUCCUACUGGUGCUACCUUUGCAAGUAUGUCAUCAAGAGUUGAUACCCAGAAGGGCGUUGGUACUGCUCCUACUGGUGCUACCUUUGCAAGUAUGUCAUCAAGAGUUGAUACCCAGAAGGGCGUUGGUACUGCUCCUACUGGUGCUACCUUUGCAAGUAUGUCAUCAAGAGUUGAUACCCAGAAGGGCGUUGGUACUGCUCCUACUGGUGCUACCUUUGCAAGUAUGUCAUCAAGAGUUGAUACCCAGAAGGGCAUGGGUACUGCUCCUACUGGUGCUGCCUUUGCAAAUAUGUCAUCAAGAGCUGAUACAUUGAAGGGCAUUGGUACUGCUCCUACUGGUGCUACCUUUGCAAGUAUGUCAUCAAGAGUUGAUACCCAGAAGUGCAUUGGUACUUCUACUACCGGUGCUGCAUUUGCAAGUAUGUCAUCAAGAGUUGAUACCCAGAAAGGCGUUGGUACUGCUCCUACUGGUGCUGCAUUUGCAAGUAUGUCAUCAAGAGUUGAUACCCAGAAGGGCAUUGGUACUGCUCCUACUGGUGCUACCUUUGCAAGUAUGUCAUCAAGAGUUGAUAUGCAGAAGGGCGUUGGUACUGCUCCUACUGGUGCUACCUUUGCAAGUAUGUCAUCAAGAGUUGAUAUGCAGAAGGGCGUUGGUACUUCUACUACUGGUGCUGCCUUUGUAACUAGUAUGUCAUCAGGAGUUGAUACCCGAAAGUGCAUUGGGACUGCUACUACUGGUGCUGCCUUUGCAAGUAUGUCAUCAAGAGUUGAUACCCAGAAGGGCAUUAGUACUUCUACUACUGGUGCUGCCUUUGUAACUAGUAUGUCAUCAGGAGUUGAUACCCGAAAGUGUAUUGGGACUGCUACUACUGGUGCUGCCUUUGCAAGUAUGCCAUCAAGAGUUGAUACCCAGAAGGGCGUUGGUACUGCUCCUACUGGUGCUACCUUUGCAAGUAUGUCAUCAAGAGUUGAUACCCAGAAGGGCAUUAGUACUUCUACUACUGGUGCUGCCUUUGUAACUAGUAUGUCAUCAGGAGUUGAUACCCGAAAGUGCAUUGGGACUGCUACUACUGGUGCUGCCUUUGCAAGUAUGUCAUCAAGAGUUGAUACCCAGAAGUGCGUUGGUACUACUACUACUGGUGCCUUUGUAACUAGUAUGUCAUCAAGAGUUGAUACCCAGAAGGGUAUUGGUACUGCUCCUACUGGUGUUACCUUUGCAAGUAUGUCAUCAAGAGUUGAUACCCAGAAGGGUAUUGGUACUGCUCCUACUGGUGUUACCUUUGCAAGUAUGUCAUCAAGAGUUGAUACCCAGAAGGGCAUUGGUACUGCUACUACUGGUGCUGCCUUUGUAACCAGUAUGUCAUCAGGAGUUGAUACCCAGAAGGGCGUUGGUACUGCUACUACUGGUGCUGCCUUUGUAACAUGUAUGUCAUCAGGAGUUGAUACCCACAAGGGUGUUGGUACUGCUACUACUGGUGCUGCCUUUGUAACCAGUAUGUCAUCAGGAGUUGAUACCCAGAAGGGCGUUGGUACUGCUACUACUGGUGCUGCCUUUGUAACAAGUAUGUCAUCAGGAGUUGAUACCCAGAAGGGUGUUGGUACUGCUACUACCACUGCUGCCUUUGCAACUAGUAUGACAACAUCAGGAGUUGAUACCAGGAAGUACAUCAAGAUCUCUAGAACAUUAGAAAAGGUUUCACCAGAAGCCAUAUCCGAAGUUAGAAUGCUGACCUCCAAAUCUAAGAAAGGGUUUGAAACAACAGUGUUUGUCUGUGAAGAUGAAAAAUUAAUUGAAAGGACACCGAUCAAAAGCAAGAAAAAGCGAGAUGUAGUAAUGGAAGAUAAAGGAACUGAGAUAACACCUUCCUUAAUAAGGAUGGCUAUGAGAGAAAGGGAAAGGGAAAACAAGGAGAAAGAAAAAGAAAGGGAGAGAGAGAAGGAAAAGGAAGAAAAAGAGGAGAAGGAAAGAGAAGAGGAAAAAGAGAAGGAAAGACAGAAGGAAAGAAAAAAGGAAAAAGAAAAAGAAAAGGAGAGAGAGAGGAGGAAGAGCAAGGAAGAGACCAUUUCUUUUUCCAAGUACCAGGUUCACCAAACUAGCAUUUGCAGCAUUCCAUCGAUAAAACCAGCUCCAUCUACACCUACCUGGAAAACUAGUCUUCAUACCAACCUUUAUAUGAAUUUAUAUGAUGAGGUGCAGCAUGGAGAGUUUUUCUUACCAGAUUUGGAAGCACUUCCAAAAGCCUGUAAAAUUUUCAGUAACAUCCGAAAUGGUAAGAUUCAUGUGAAUGAUAUGCUACCAACUCUACGUGCCUUAAAGAUUUCCAUAAGUGAUGGAGAACUGCGUCAGACAUUGAAAGGUGUUUAUAUUGAUGCAUUGCAGGAAGCACAUCAAGUUUUCAGUAAGGUAAAAGGAGGUCGAGUUGGAGUUGAUGAUGUACAAUCUGUUCUGAAUAUCUUGGGAAUCUCUGUAAGUUUUAAUACUUACCAGGAUGUGAUGAAAUACUUGUAUCAUGAUGAUAAUAAAACUGUGGAUGUUAGAGAUCUUCUAUUUUCUUUGGAUGAUCUACAACAACAGUAUGAGGAGAUUGUAAUUAGGGAUUGGUCAUUCCAAGAUGAGUCUGAUCGGAGAUUUUCAAAAGCCCAAGACAUUAAGUCAUUUCAGCAAGUAAAAAAGAAGAGCAGUCUAUAUCCUAUUUCAUCUGAGUCUUCCUUCACACAGUUUAGUAAAAAGAGCUUCGGUGAAAGAGGUUUGGAGGAGAGCUUUGACGUUCUUGCCCCACAGCAAAGUUUAAAAAGUAGCUUGAGUUUGAAAAAGUCUUUGGAAAGAGUUGAAAUCCCUCUUGAAUCCCUACGGACAAGCUCAAAACCAAGCAUGAUCUUCAGAAAAGUUGUAGGUCAGCCAGAGACUUAUAAGUUGGAUUCUUUACCCCCCAAAUCCAUCCCAAGCUUCAGAAGAUCUUUCCAUGAAGCUGAUAUUUCUGUUUCAGAGUCUCAACAAAAGAUUCUGAAGACAGAAGAAGGUUAUGAGCUGGAGCCUAUAAAGAGUAGCUCCAGAAAAUCUCUGGAAGAAAUUGAUAUCUAUGAAAUAUGUGUCCCUGGGACCCAAGCACGUGGUAGUAGUAUUUCUCUCAAGAAAUAUCCAGAUAUAGAAGAGAUUCCUAGUGUGAAAAGGAGUACAAGUUUCCCAAAAUACUUGGAAGAACCUGAGUUAAAAUAUGGAAUUUCUGUCACAGAUCUCCAACCACCAAGUGUAAAGAGUACUAUAAUCAGAAAACCAUUAAGUGAAAUUCAUAUUCUAGAGAGCCCACCAACCUCUUAUGACUUGGUUGAGCUGCAACCUGAAAAAACAAAAGAAAAAUUCAUAGAGAAGCAGGCACCAGAAGUAACUGAAGACAUAGAAGAGUCCAUUGGAUAUUUCAAAAAACCCAAGGAGGACAAAGUUCCAGUUAGUGAACUCCAAUCUAUGUUGAAGAUUAUUGGAAUGGAUUUAUCUGAAGAUGGAUUUGAGAAGGUGUUGCAAAUAACUCCUGCAGAUGGCAUGAAAAUGAGAGAUGGAGUGUUGUAUGAGGAACAGCAAAAGGCCAAUUUGGUCACAUCAGAGAAUUCAUGA